CCCUCACAUGCAGCUGAGCUGCCGGAGGUUCGCCAUGGAGCUGCACGGGAGAGCUUCACCUGUAGAUGUUUGACAUUUACCUGUCUUUGUAGGAUCGUGGAAAAUAAAAAUCCAAACCCACUUUUAAAGUUCUGCGCUUCGGAUAUCGCAUCGCUGCACAGGAAUUAAGUUUUUUUUUUUCUUUUUUGCGGGCAAUUCUCGUCUCGUGCCGCGCUUCAACAGCGUGGGGGUACUCUGGCUGUUGUGUGCGCGCGCAGGGAUGUCGGCAUGGCUUGCACCAGGAGAACCAAAACUUUGGUGUCAACAUGCGUGAUCCUGAGCGGCAUGACCAACAUCAUCUGCCUGCUGUACGUCGGAUGGGUSACCAACUACAUCGCCAACAUUUACAUCAAGGUGCCGAUGCCUUUACCGGAGACUAAGUUAGAGGGGGACAAACGCGGGGACACGCUCCGGAUCAUGGAGCGGCUGGACCGGCUGGAGAACGUGGUGAACCAGCACAUCCAAGAGACGCCGGGGAGGGGAGAGGACGGUCAGCCGGACUCGUCGUUCUCUGAUUCAUCGCUCUUCGCUCACUGGGGUCAGGAGCUCAGUCCAGACAACCGGCGAGUGGCGCUCAAAAUGUUCCAGUACUAUGGAUAUAAUGCCUACCUCAGUGAUCGUCUCUCUUUAAGGCGUCCAAUACCCGACCUCAGGCCUGACGGAUGCAGAAAUGUUUCUUAUCCUCUGAACCUUCCUCAAGUGAGCAUUGUGUUCAUUUUUGUGAAUGAAGCCUUGUCUGUCAUCCUGCGGUCCAUAAACUCUGCCAUCAACAGGACACCUUCCCACCUUCUUAAAGAGAUAAUCCUGGUAGACGACAACAGCAAUAACAAUGAGCUUAAGGAGAAACUGCAGGGUUUCGUGUCAGAGACUAACAGCCAACGUCCAGGAUUCAUUAAGAUGGUGCGGCAUGCCAAGCAGGAGGGUUUGAUCCGGUCCAGAGUGAGUGGAUGGAGGGCCGCCACUGCCCCGGUUGUUGCCCUGUUUGAUGCCCACGUUGAGUUCAACGUCGGCUGGGCUGAACCCAUUCUGCAGAGAAUAAAAGAGGACAGAACUCGCAUAAUAUCCCCAUCAUUCGACAACAUCAAAUACGACACGUUCGAGAUCGAAGAGUAUCCGCUGUCCUCUCAGGGCUUUGACUGGGAGCUGUGGUGCCGCUACCUCAAUCCCCCCAAGUCCUGGUGGCACAAGAGCAACAAAAGUGCACCUAUUCAGAGCCCGGCUCUGAUUGGCUGUUUUGUGGUGGACAGGCUGUACUUUGAGGAGAUCGGUCUGCUAGAUGAAGGCAUGGAGGUGUACGGGGGAGAAAAUGUGGAACUGGGCAUCAGGGUGUGGCAGUGUGGAGGCAGCGUUGAGGUCCUGCCUUGCGCCCGCAUCGCCCACAUUGAGCGCGCUCACAAACCGUACACCGAGGACCUGACCUCUCACGUGCGGCGAAACGCCCUCAGGGUSGCAGAGGUCUGGAUGGACGAGUUUAAAAGCCACGUCUACAUGGCGUGGAAUAUUCCCGUGGAGGACUCAGGGAUUGAUAUUGGCGACAUCUCUGAGAGGAAGGCUCUGAGGAAGAGGCUGCAGUGCAAAACGUUCCGCUGGUACCUGGUGAACAUCUACCCCGAGAUGAGGAUGUACAGCGACACCAUUGCAUACGGCGUGCUGAAAAACUCCCUGAAGAGUGACCUGUGUCUGGAUCAGGGGCCGGACAACGACAACGUCCCCAUCCUGUACCUCUGUCACGGGAUGACCCCACAGAAUGUGUACUACACCAGUACGCAGCAGUUCCAUGUUGGACUCCUCAGUCCCACCGUCGACGAUGACGACAACAAGUGCCUGGUGGACGUGAARGGCAGGCCACGCCUCAUCGAGUGUAGCUACGCUACAGCCAAACGCAUGAAGCUCCACUGGCUCUUUACUCAGGGAGGAUCCAUUCAAAACAGGAAGUCAAAGAGYUGCCUAGAGCUUAUAGUGAGCAGCGACAAUGAGUUUGGCUACCAACUGGCUCUGCAGAAAUGCACAGGACAGAAAUGGUUCAUCUCAAAUGUGCUGUUUAGCAACUCCCUAUAAUCGGCAGCUGAAAAGAAACACUGGAGUCCGUUAUGUGCACGUUUCUGCACACGUGGCUGUGCGUGUGAUGUGUGAAAGGAUGAGAAGCAGGAGAAUGGUGCACAGUUGAACAAGUUCAUUUUGAGCGACAUAAUGUCCUCUGAUGAGUGSUCAACAUCCCAUCCUAAAUGUUAAACAUUUUAUUUCACCAACAGGAUCAGCCAUAGGUUGCAGAUAUUUUGCAGAAUUGACAAGAAAGUAUAUUAAGUAUAUUUUGUGGUAAAUGCUGUUUAGUCAGACUUUUGUUGACUUUAAAAAAAGGAUAAUUGGUUUGAGAUUUUUKUGUUCAGAUUUGCUACUGUGUAGCAAGUUUUCUGAAUCUUUCCCUGCUGUAAUUAUUUUUAAUUUAGUGUCUCAGGUUAGUUGUUUUAAUAUACAAUUCAGCUGUACAGUUGUAAAAGAAAAGUUAGGAUAAACUGGAAACUGAUAUUUUAUAYAUGUAAAAAAUGAGAUUUUGAAAUAUUUAUAAUGUAUAUCAGUAAAAUAAUUUAUGUAAACUACAAAAGUACAAGUGCCUUUUAUAUUUGUUGCCAAAGGCACGACCAUUUGUUUCACCAUCUUUCUAAAAUAAAACAAAUAAAACUA